AUGGCCUCACCUUGGACAAUGUUCGCAUUGGUUGCACCAGCUGCUUAUAUUCUGCAAGCAAUCUGGUUUACAAUUAGGAAAAACAAGAAUGGGAGGAGGCUACCUCUAGGGCCAAAAGGCCUCCCAAUUUUGGGACACCUUCGUAUGAUAGCGAAGUUCCCUCACCGAGAUCUUCAUCUGCUAGCCAAAAAAUAUGGUCCCAUCAUUGUGCCCAAAUUGUGCACCUUAGAGUUGUUUAGCAGCAUCAAGAUAAGUUCAUUCGAGUCUAUGAGGAGGGAAGAGUUCAGAUUUUUGAUCAAAUCAAUCAAAGAGGCAGCUCAGGAUCGUGGUGGUGUUGAUCUUAGUGCCAAGGUUUCAUCCAUGAAUGCAGAAAUGACUUGUCAGAUGAUGUUUGGGAAGAAGUACACGGAUAGGGACUUGGAUGACAGAGGGUUCAAAGCUAUGAUGGAAGAGGGCAUGCACUUGGGAAUCGCUCCCAACCAAGGGCGGAGGGAGGGGGACUGUAUAGGCGAUUUAAGGCUCUUUAGCAAGGUCUUUGAUGAAUUUUUUGAGAAGUUCAUUGAUGAGCAUGUUCAAGCUAGGGACCAAGGCCAAACCAAGGACUUCGUUGAUAUCAUGUUGACACACAAGGGAUCUGAAGAAGCAGACUAUCUUAAGGGUCGGUCUGGUGUUAAAGCCCCUAUGUUGGGGAAACCAUGUGCCACCGAUUAUGAGGUUUUGAUUGUGAGGUUAUGGUUGUUUGAAGAAUCCAAUUGUGGAACAUACAAGAACACAACACAAACCAACCCUCUACGACAAGCUCCUCUAAGAAAUCUUCCACCGCCUCCCUCCGCCGUCUUCCUUCGAUGCCUGUCUCGUUUCCAAGCACUGGCUUCGCCUUUACCGCCUCCUUCCGCCGCAGGAGACAGAUUCGACUUCCUAAUCUUCCUCCAUCUUCCUCUCUCGCUACCCAUAUCUCUCUUCCCUCUCUCACCACUGCCGCUGGAGACAAAUUCGCCUUCUCUCCAUCGCCUCUUCUUGCCCUAA